GGAGAGCGGAAGUGGCGUGGACGUGGGGGGGAAGCUACUGCUGCGGCUGCUGUUGUUGUUGUUUUUGGGGGAUUUAACUCCAGCGGAGGGGUAUUAAAAUAAAGAAAAACACAAAUAGAGCAUUCGAAAGCUCGGCGAUAAGUUUAAAGCAGGGAUGCGGGGCGAAGAGUCGUCGGACUCGGAGUCGGGCCGGAUGGAGGAGAGCUCGGUGCGGAGGAGUUUGGAGACGCUGUGUCAGGAGCUGAACAUGGACGAACAGACCGCCGCCGCGGCCAUGGAUAACUUCACCGCCAUAUGGAACACGUACACACUGGAGGGAGACGUGGUCCACUGGCUCGCAUGCUCUCUGUAUGCAGCCUGCAGGAAAGGAUCCACUCCCACAGUGGGUAAAGGAGUGAUGGAGGGAAACUGUGUCUCCCUCACCAGGAUCCUUCGCUGCUCGAAACUCAGUCUCAUCCAGUUCUUCUCUAAAAUGAGGAAGUGGUCUGACAUGUCCAACCUCUCGCAGCAGUUCAGGCUUCGCAUGGAGCAGCUGGAGCGCAACUUUGAGGUUUCCACGGUGAUCUUCCGCAAGUUCGAGCCCAUCUUCAUGCACAUGUUUCAGAACCCACAGGGAGGGGAGCCGCCGCGCCAGCCACGCAGCAGGAAACACAGGCGGCUGCCGUGUCACAUCAGUGAUGUGUUCAAGUUCUGCUGGACGUUGUUCGUCUACACUAAAGGAAACUUCAGCAUGAUCGGCGACGACCUGGUGAACUCGUACCACCUGCUGCUCUGCUGCCUGGACCUGGUGUUUGGAAACGCGCUGCUCUGCACCAACAGGAAGGACCUCAUCAACCCGACGUUCAGAGGUCUGCCUGCUGGUUACCGCGGUGACGGCCACGUUGCGGUGGACAGUCCUCCUCCGUGUGUGUUGGAGAGGUUGUGCGAGCUGCACGACGGCCUGGUGGUGGAGGCCAAAGGCAUCAAACAGCACUAUUUCAAACCGUAUAUACUGAAGCUGUUUCAGAAACAGAUCCUGAGAGGCAACGGAGAACUUUUAACAGAAAUGUUGGAUCCACAGAACUUCAUCGAUAACAAUAAAGCCAUAAACAGGGAGUACGAGGAGUACGUGCUGACGGUGGGAGACUUCGACGAGCGAGUGUUUCUGGGAGCCGACGCAGACGAGGAGAUCGGGACCCCGAGGAAGGUCGUCCAGGAACCGCCCGCCAGCCUGACAGCCAAUCAGAAACAGCUGCAGCAGCAUGUGGAGAAGUCGGGCUCUCUCGCUCCCUCCACCCCUCUGACCGGACGUGUUUACCUGAAGGAGAAGGACCUGCUCGUCACGCCGGUCUCCUCGGCGACGCAGAGCGUCAGCCGCCUGCAGAGCAUGGUGGCCGGGUUACGGACGGCCCCCGCUGAGCACCUGAUGCAAAUAUUCAAGUCGUGCACCAGAGACCCGACAGAUUCCAUCCUGAGCAGAGUGAAGACGCUGGGAAACACCUUUAAAGAACAUUACACCAAGGACUCUGAGGACACGCCUGGAUCUCACAUAGAUUUUGCAGAGAACCGCCUGAAACUGGCCGAGAUCCUUUACUACAAGAUCCUGGAGAACGUGAUGGUUCAGGAAAACAAACGACUGCAAGGCAAAGACAUGAGUGUUUUGCUGGAGCAGGACAUCUUCCACUGCUCCCUGAUGGCCUGUUGUCUGGAGGUGGUGUUGUUCUCCUACAGCUCACAGAGGACGUUCCCAUGGAUCAUCAGUGUCUUCAAACUGGCACCGUUCUAUUUCUUUAAGGUGAUUGAGGUGUUCAUCCGCUCAGAGGAAGGUCUCUCCAGAGACAUGGUGAAGCAUCUGAACUCCAUCGAGGAGCAGGUUCUGGAGAGCAGAGCGUGGACCGCAGACUCGGCUCUGUGGAGCUCCCUGCAGGCUGCUGGGAACAAAGCACCCACGGUGGAGGAGGUGAAUUUUUCCUCCAGCCUAGACACAGGUUCUUCUUCUAUGCCUGGUUCUGGUUCCGUGAGCGUAGGUCAGACCCACCUGCCGAUGGUCACCCUCUCUCCCAUCAUCCACCCACGCAUCAGGGAGUUCAGGACAGGUCUGGGCAGCGCCCGCAAAGACAUUCCUCCGUCUCCACUGUCGGUCCACGACAGGUACAGCUCUCCCGCGGCCGGCAGCGCCAAAAGACGCCUCUUUGGCGACGACCCUCCCGUGCAGAGUUCGGUCCUGAGCGCCACCGUGAGCCCGGUGUCGUCUCCGGCCAAGAGGUUGGCGUUUAGCUCGUCCAGCACCCUGAAAAUCGGCGGACAGCUGUCUCAGACGACCGUCCUCAGUAUCCCACUGCAAGGCGUAAACAGCGACCGCACCAUCACGCUGAUCCCGGUCCAGCCGUGCGAUUCCUCCGGCACGGUCACCGCUCAGUUCCUGCUCACCGCCUCCCCGAGCCGACCCGCCGCUAACGCCGCCGCAAUCCUGACGACCUCCGACACCCAGGCAGGAAGUGGACGACCGCGACGCACGGGGUCGCUCGCUCUGUUCUUCAGGAAGGUGUAUCACCUGGCCAGCGUACGCCUGAGGGACCUGUGCGUGAAGCUGGACAUCUCCUCAGAGCUGCGUGGGAAAAUCUGGACGUGCUUCGAACACGCCCUGGUUCACUGCACAGACCUGAUGAAGGACCGGCACCUGGACCAGCUGCUGCUCUGUAGCAUUUACAUCAUCUCCAGAAUCACUAAAGAGACUCACACCUUCCAGGACAUCAUGAAGUGUUACCGCAGCCAACCACAGGCCAGGAGCCGCGUUUAUCGCAGUGUGUUACUGCGUCACAGGGAAUCCAGAGAGCAGGUGACUGACGAGAACAUGGAGGUGGAUCCUGUUUCUGGUGGAGAGUCUGCUGAGAAAACCAGUCAGGUUUCAGGAGAAGCAGAAUCUGACCAAUCGGGCGAGGAGGAGCGCGGUGACCUCAUCCAGUUCUACAACACUAUCUUCGUCCUGAGGAUAAAAAGCUUCGCUCUGCGAUACGCCACGCACGAUAACCGGGUGGACGCUCCUCCACUCUCCCCGUUCCCGACCGUCCGGGCUCAGCCUCUGUCCCCUCGCCGCGUCUCCCAGAGACACUCGCUGUACGUGUCUCCUCACAAGAACUCGGCGGGGUGUCUCACCCCCAACUCGUACACGUACAGGAUCAGCAGCAGCCCGUCCAAGGAAUUAUCGGACAUCAACCGCAUGAUCCGACAGGGCUGCGUGAGCAGGAAGCGCGCCUUCACCAUGGAGGGCGACGUGAUGAUGUCACCGGCGUCGUGCGACUCCCCCAGUAAGAGGGCGUGUCCCGAGAACGGCAGCAGCCCGGACGUCCUGCUGAAGCGUCUGCAGGACGUCGUGUCCGAGCGUCAGGGUCGCUGACGGAAGUGUUGCUGACCUUUGACCUGCGUGUGUGUGUGUGUGUGUGUGUGUGAGUGAGUGCGUGAGCGUCACUGAGACGAAAGUUAUCACUGAUCAAAUGCGUUUUUAGAGGAAUUUUUACACAAGAUUGUAAUUAUUAGUAACAUUUGUUCCGGAACAAACACCAAAUUUAAAUUUAUCCCUCGUUAAAAUUCAGGCGAUUUCAUCGUAAAUGUUGAAAAGAAGUAAAAUCACAAGAGUUGGGAAAAACUUGACAUUUUGAGGGAUUUGGACAAGUUUGAAGGUGGAAUUUAGAAAGUGUGUUUUGUGUUUGUAAACCAGAUUAAAUUAUUCGUAACACAACAUUUCCCUCCAUACACACAGUGCUGUGUAAACAAAGUCAGAACUCUGGGAUUGAAAGUCGGAAUUCUGACUUCUGAAUUCUCAGAAUUGUGUUUUUCUCCGAUCAAUACAAACAAAAUCAAAUUCAGUUUUGUACAGAACUUAAACAUAAAUGUGUAAAAAAAAAAAAAUUCCCUCAAUAAAAUCAGAUGACGUUUUCUUUUGUUUUUCGCGAAAUGUUGAAACCUGAAAACCGUCAGUGACGACAGUGAAAGUGUUUUAGUUCAAACUGAUUUAGGCUGAAAUUUACCACUGUGCUCAAAUCUGUGUUUAAAGAGGAAUUCAGAAAAGUUUAAACCCAACCAUAUCUUCCCUCCAUACACACCAGCGCUGUGUAAACAUUAAAUUAAGUUCAGUUUCACGCAUUAAAUUUUAUUUUCCUCCCGUGUUUAUUUUCAUUUGUUUUUCCAUCAAAACAGUGAAAAAAUAAACCAUUUAAAAUUGAAAAUGUCAAAUUUUUAAUCUGUUUUUUUUCCAAAAUGUUCAACAAAGUUUAGGACCAUUUGUAUUUCUAGUUAAGUGAAUUACCAAUAUAAUACAAUAUAAAGAAUAAAAACAAAAUUUUAUUCAGUUUUAUUACAAAAGGAAAUUCACCUUUUAUCCGCUAAAUGUAGACAAAGUUUAAAAAAUGUAAUAAUUUCAGUUGUCAAACAGUAUAAUUGUUUAAAGACGAGCUAAAUUUAAACGUACGCAUCAUAAUCUGACAUUUUCCUUUGUUCUUGUGUUUUUCUCAGAAGUAAAACAACAAAACAAUCAACAAAUAAGAGUCGAUUUAAAGACAUGUCUGUAGUUUCUCACACAUUUUUAAAUCAUUUGAACUUAACGUCAUAAAAACUCUUGUAGAUAACGGUCAUUUCCUGUCAAAUUAAUCUUUUAUUGUACAUUUUCACGCCUCAUACGACGUCUUUGCGACAUUUCUCCGACUCAGGUUUUAUUCCUGAGGGAAACCUUUUUUCUUCUCAUGCUCACCUUUAUUGUUUCCUUAAUAGUUGUGUUUGUUUGUUUGUUUGUGGUUAUGAACCAGUAACUGUUGUACUAUUGUGUAAUAAUAGGUUUUAAUGCUAACUGCGAGGUGCUGGACUGAAGCAGCAUUUUGUGUCAGCGUGUGUGUGUGUGUGUGUGUGUAGUAUCUACACUUGUUUUAAUGAAUCUGCGUCAUUCAUUUACUCACUCAUUCAUUCAUAAAACGGCUCGUAGUCUCUGCAACCUUGAAUAUUUAAUAAUUAACGAGUGUUUGCUUCAAAUCCAGUUUUGUUUAAGAGCAAAAGAGCAGAAAGGCUCCGUCACGAGGACACGUCUGUGUUUUCACUUUUUAAUUACAUUUGUAUUUUUUCCGCAAAACAUUUAAAGGUUUUGUAAAAAUAAAACUUCGAGUCCUG